AUGUCAACUCCUACCAAACCUGCCAAACGUUGGUCCUUCUUUGGAUUAGACGCCUUUGCCUCCGGAUCCCCCAUGAAGAGGCGGUCAAGCACCUCCAGUUCUUCAGAUUCUACGCCCCGCCCCAUUGAUGGAAUUUCCUGCUCUGAUCGUGGGUCGGAAUCCUCAUUAGAAACCUCAGAAGCUCCUCCUUCAAAGCCAAAGAAGGCAGGCAAGAAGGGCGACAAGAAGAAGAAGAGAAAGAGCAAGAAGGAGAAGAAGGAGAAAAAGGAGAAGAAGGAAGAGGAGAAGAGAGAGAAGAAGGAGGAGAAGGAGAAGAAGAAAGAGGAGAGCAAAGAGGAGAAGAAAGAUGAUAAGAAGGCCAAAGGCUGGGCGGGCACAAUCUUGCCUUUGAAGAGCCACAAGAAGCGUGGCAAAUCAAGCGCAGUUCGACCACCAACACCGCCAGCUUCUGUCUUCCAUCCCGAAGACGAGGAAGAAGAUGAACCCGAAAGCAUCACUCAAGAACCGUCAGUCGAACCACCCACAAUAAGCAUCACCGAAUCGCCACCUUUACCUGAGCCGACAAAAAGUCUGUCAGAGGAUGUGUCUUAUCCCAUGAUUGAUCUUGACGCUGCUCUUGGUCCCUUCAACACUCCCCUGUCCUACAAUCCUGAAUGGGAGGCUGCUCAACGUGCUGCAGGCACUCCAGGUAGCAGAAGGCGCCUUCACAGUGCUCAAGGCUUGAAGGGCUUUAGCGGUCCUGGCAUGCAUUAUCACCGACGUGCCGAGUCGGCCCCUGAUCUUCCUCCUUUUGACUUCCGCUCCUCGAUUCACCGAUUCGGCAGCAGCUCCACCAUGGCUGAUGUGUUUGAAGAGGAUGAGGAGGAUGACGACGGCAAAGGCAACGCCAGAACUAGACUUGAAACUAGCGAAGAAACCAGCGAGGAAUCUGAUGGCGAAACCACACCCCCGGCAGUCAUGCCUAUCCUGAAAGAGCCCUUUGUCGGCCCAAGCGACAAGGCCUUGGGCAAGAUGCGCCGCGGAAGCGCCGGGAUGGUUGAGAGAGAAUCAUUCAACUCGCACGCCGCACGGGCCGAGGUUUCCAAUGUCCCAUUCCAAGAUGAUACAAUCAUGGAGGAGUUUACGCUUCCCAUCUUCCGGGCCCCGACAUUCCAAGGCCGCAGGGAAUCCGUCGACUCAGGAGCACCCUCAGCCCCAUCUCCGAGACAGCGCCCUGCUACUGCUGAGUUAUUAGUAGAUGAGCCUCUCGCUCUUCCCAGUGCCAGUACCACGCCUCUCAGCCCCUACUCGGCUAGCUAUGCUUCUUCUUCUCAUCCCUCUCCACGGUCGCCAAUGUCAAUUGACGCCCAGCGCAUUUCCACCGCGCCUUCAUCCGUCACUGACGACAGCUUCCACUCUCUCCUCAUGGGGGAGCCGGGGCCCGAAGUCAGGAUCUCAAUGGAUUACGACAUCCCGUCCCUCGCAUCUAGCAACUCCGCCAUGACCCGUGACAGCACUUUCAUCCCUGUCCCACGACCACGUCAACCUCUCUCCCGUGAUCAACGUCCCGUGUCCAUGUCCGCCCCGUUUGGACGCAGACGAUCCAGCUUGGCAAGCCUUAGCCGGCUCAUUAGCAGCUCUCAUGGCGAGAGAAGCAAGCUCUCCAUGGAAGUCACUCUAGAUAAUGAGCCGGAAUCGAAGAAAUCAAAGAGCAAAACCAAGCGGCUAGGACGGAUGAUGCAGUUUUGGAAACCGAGCAAAGAUGAUAAAUCGAUCAAAGAUGAUAAAAGCGCUUGA